AGAGAGAGAGAGAGGGAAAGAGAGAGAGACAGAGAGAGAAGGAGGUGAGUCCAGGCAGACCAAGUGUAGAGCGUGUGUGUGCAAACUGGGAUGAGUAAAUGCGCCGAGCAGCUUAGCUGUUGAUACAGCCAGAGAGAGAGGGUGUGAGAGAGAGAGAGAGAGAGUGUGUGAGCACGAAAGCAAGAGAGAGAGAGAGAGAGAGAGAGAGGGUGAGAGAGAAGAAGUGAAAGGGAGUAAAAGGGAAGAAAGAGGCAGAGAAGAAAAAGGGAGGAUACUACAACUACAACUAUGCUGUGCUGCAUAAGAAGAACCAAACCGGUGGAGAAAAAUGAGGAUGUGGACCAAAAAAUCGAACAGGAUGGCACCACCAACAAACCUGAGGACAAGGCCCACAAGGCUGCCACCAAAAUACAGGCCAGCUUCCGUGGACACAUAACUCGGAAAAAGAUGAAAGGUGGAGAGGAAGACAAGGACGAAGACAGUCCUGCGGCUGCAGAGGAGGCGACAGAGGGAGGAGAGAAGGUAAACGGAGAUGAGACACCUGCAAUCGAGGAGGAAGCUGCAGGAGAAGAGGCCAAGAAGGAGGAGGAGACGAGCCAAACCAAAAGCCCAGUGGCGGAGAAGCCAGCGAAUUCUCCAGCAGCUGCCGCCGCUGCGUCUCCUGUAGCGGCUGCGCCAGCUGCUGCUUCUCCUGCGGCCGCCACGGCGUCUCCCGAGCCCCAGAAAGAGGAGCCAAAGGCUGAGGAGAAAGCUGAGGAGAAGCCCAAAGAAGUGGAGGCCCCGGCGGUGGCAGCCAAGAGUCCCACGACAGCCACGGCUGAGGAGAAGAAGGAGGAGGAGAAGAGUGAAGAGAAAAAGGAGGAGGCCAGACAAGCCGACGUGCCUGCUGCUGUCAGCUCGACAGCCGAGAAGGAGGAGCCUAACCAAACAAAUGAUAAACAAGAUGCUGCAGAGGAGUCUAAGGCGGAGGAAGCCGCCCCGGCGGCAGACGCAGCGGCGGAGGCCACCGAGUCCAAGAAUGACUAAGGGAAAGUCGAAUGCAAAGAAAGCAGAAUUAAGAAUGAAGAAUAACAUAACAAAAACAAAAAUCUAAAAAGGUUGCUCUUUGCCUUCCCAAUGAGAAGGCACUCCGUUUCUAUUUGUUUGUCAUUUUUUGUGUGGCAAUGAUUUUCUCAUGUUGGGGGGAGUUUCCAGCGUGAUGUUUUUUGGCUCAAGCUAAUACUUUGAGGAAGUGGUGAUGAUGACGAUGAUGAUGUUGUAGUUGAUGAUUAUGGAAAUAUGAUUGUUAUUCUGAUGAUGAUGAUGAAGAUGGUGAUGAUGAUGAUGAUGAUGAUGAUGAUGAUGACGGGGACGAGGAUUUGAUUUGCUUCAUCUUCACUAUUUAAUGUAAAUGAAAUAUCUGUGGAACGACCGCUUCCCAACUGGAGGUUCACACAUUUAAAAUGCAUUGACGAUGCGCCACAUUUGAUUUGCAUUGCAAUGCACUUUAUUAGUCACAUUUAGGUAUAAUCCGUUUCGCAGCGACGUGCACAAACAUGGUUUCAAACAUUGCUACCCUAGUUUUCGACACGGCACAAGUGUACUGAGAACACAGCAAAAGUAGAUAAAGUACGUGACACACACUGGAUGGAAAAUAGAAUGUAUAGCUAAAUGUGUGACAUCUCCACUUGGACGACUUUGUCCUGAAUCCAAAAAAACCCACACAUAGGACAAGAAUGUCACUCUCUCUCUGUUCUGCUUGAGUCAUUCAAGCUUGGUUUACACCCCUUUUACAUACUCACAUUUAUAAUAAAGGACCUGUUGCCAUUUGAAUGACAUGAUCAUACAAUAAACUAUAGAAAUCUGCUAUAGUAUUGAUGUAACUGGCUCUUACAUGACGAUUUGUGUUCCGCCAGCCAACUGUGAGAACAGUAGCAUGAACCAUCGAACCAGAUGCAUGAUGGGAACUCUCCCUCUGAGAGGAAACUUUUUCGCAGUCACAAAAACUUAAGAGGUGUGGCGGCUUCUUUUUGAUGUCUUUGGUGUUGUUAUGACAGUUUAUAUGAAUUGGAAAAAUACUCUUGCACUGAUGUUACAAGAAAAAAAAGGUUAAAAAAAGAAAAAUCUUAACAAACGAGCAAACACAAAAAAAAUACUUUUCCUAUGUUUCAGUGAGUGCAAUGUCCAGUUUCAACCUUAUCAAGGAGUUCAAAC